CCCGUUAAAAAACGUCCGCCAAAGUACUCCGUAACAAAAGGCCCAAAGGUCCAAGCGCCCAAAAUUAGCAAACCGCCCAGACUUGAGGAAGCUGACCAGACAUCUCGGGAUCAACUUCCACGCCCGGGCAUCUGUAAUCCUCGAACGGUCGAAGUGUCGAACGCCCUGCGAAAUCGCCGACUCUCUUCGCGGCUUCGCCUUCCGGCAGACAUCAGCACUCAGCACGCAGCACGGAAUCAACGCCACUCCUCCAGGCGCCAGCACCGCACCACGCCUCGUUUGUCGUAGCUUACUCGCCGCCUCACGCCCGUCGCCCGAUCGCCUGCGGCACUCCGCCACUAACCCUUCAGUGGUUCAGCCAAUCGGCCCUUCUCAAUUUUUACCUCCCCACCUUCCGUAGUUCCGAUGGCGAAUGGAUCUCAAAUCCGCCCCAACAGCUCAGCACUUAUUGCAAUGAUUGCUGAUGAGGAUACCAUUACUGGAUUUUUACUGGCUGGAGUAGGCAAUGUGGACCUGAGAAGGAAAACAAACUAUCUUAUUGUUGAUUCAAAAACUACUGCGAAACAGAUUGAAGAAGCUUUCAAAGAGUUCACUACAAGAGAGGACAUUGCUAUAUUGUUAAUUAGCCAAUAUGUUGCCAACAUGAUAAGGUUUUUGGUGGAUGGGUAUAACAAGCCAAUUCCAGCCAUAUUGGAGAUUCCUUCAAAGGACCACCCAUAUGACCCAGCGCACGACUCUGUCCUUUCUCGUGUGAAGCAUCUCUUCUCUUCUGAUUCUGUGGCAUCAGGAAGACGUUGAGGAGCUUGCAACAAAGUUUAUAUUUGUCUAUUUUCUUUCUGUUCUUCUGAGGCUUAUGUUGAUGUUUCUUCUCCGCAUGUGCCACUUGGGCUUGCAGCCGGUGCAGGGCUAAUAAUACUUCGACUAUCAAACAUGAUGUUUUGUUUCAAAGGGAAAUUGAACACGUUUCUUUGUGUGUCAGGUCUUCCUUAUGAAAGCAACUGGACCCACCUCUUAAUUCUAAAUAAGCUUAUUGUAAUCUAAAGAAUGUUUGUUUUCUUUCAGUCUACUCGUAUCUGACUUUUUUUUGACAAUUUUUGUGUACAGGAUGGCAUUUGCUCAUUAUCUUCAAAGGAUUAACUUUGUGUUUUAGCCUUUUAAGUAUCGCCCUUGGUGUUGCUCAUUAUUUUUAAAGGACAUGACAUAUUUCCAGUCAAAAUUCACCUCCCAAAUCCCAAUAAUCAUAGGUUUGGAAUGAAGAAGAUGCUAUCCAAACAUGGCAUUUAUCAUGGGGCAAUGGCGGAGCCAGAAAAAUGACUUAGGAGGGUUGAAAUUCAACUUUAUGCAGAACGAAAACGGUAGAUCGCUUUCGGAUAAUGUCCAAGUUGAAUGUAGCUAAGAAAAUGAUAGUUUAAAUUAGACUAAUUGUUGAAGGAAAAUAUAUGUUGUGUGCUAUCGUUUAGAUAGAAUAUGUAUUAGGGGCUUUCUAUGUAAAUUAUGUAUUAUGGGCUUAUUGGUCCGUACUUGUAAACCCUGCUCUAUACCUAUUUAUAGGGGCUUUUGGUAAUGAAACUCUA